AUAGCUGCAGCAGGGCUCAGAAGAGGAAGCAGGAAGCUGGAGUGAAGGAGGUCGGAAGGCUUGGCCAUGACUGAGGAAAUCCGUAAGAUCCAGGGCAACUGGGUGAUCACUUGGGUAAACACCCGGAAGCCCUUGGCCAAGCUGGACGAACCAGUGAACAGCUCUCAAAUAAAGAAGGAGGAAGAGGGGGAAGAGGAGGAUGAUGAUGAUGAUGAGGCAGAGGAAGAGGAGGAGGAGGAGGCAGCG